AUGCAAACAGGCUUUUGUUAUAUUUCUUGCAUGAUGUUGAUUAUCACUAUUUUGAAUAAAAUUGUGAUAGCAAACGAAAUAAAAGACGUUCAGUUCAAACCACAAUCGAAUAGUUUAUUAUUAGCAAAAGAAUUGGCUACUAACGCUAUUCAUCUUGUUCAUUUUCAGUCAGCUCUACUGAUUAAGGCUAGUGAACGAGAUUUUCCAUUUAAUAUUCCAUCAAAUUCGACAGUAAACUAUAUUCGAUAUCCUCAAUCGUAUCGUACGACGAUGGUUCAGUUUAGUUCUGAUAUGUAUAAAACAUUUUUUGAUACAUACUCAACAAUGCAGCGUAUUCAACUUGCUGUCGAAAGAGUUCCAAAUUGUAUCAAAACAUUAUUACGACUUCUUACUACAGAACCAUCGGCAAUGAUUCAACGACUGUUAACUGUUUCUUUGAAUAGUAUGGUUCGUUUGUCCAAUGAAAAUAUGGUAUUAAUCACUAAAACUAUAGAUCAGUUAACUAAUCUGCUCAACUUCUCAAAUGAAAUCAAUCAAUAUUCAAUAAAUUCAUCACCAGGAUUCAACGGUCUUUCAUCGGAUAAAACUGAUUUAAUGCUUUAUAAUGAAUUCAAUUCGAAAAAUCUUCUUGAAAAAAUAUCUACAAUAAUUCACCAAAUAAAAAAACAAUUUGAACAUGUUCCUGAACUUAUUAUGAGUCUUGAUAUUAAAGCAAAAUUUAAUUUAACAAUUCAUGAUAAAAUUACAAGCUUUAUUCCAGCUUUAUAUACCAUUGAAAGUAAUUCUUAUUUUCUUCAUCAUUUAGCAAGUAUCUAUAAUGAAAUAUUACGUCGAUAUGUGCUUGAUCAAGCUGCCAGCAUUGAAAAACAUUUACUUUUAUUAACUGAUGAAGAACGUUCGAAAGAUCUUGCUAAGAUAUCACAAGAACUUGAGAACAGUUUGCAUAAUAUUAAACCGUUAUUUAUCGAACGUGAAAGAGAAUUUGAAAUCAAUAAUAUGGCAUUGCAACAAGCAUAUGAAAAACUGCGCAAUGAAUAUCAAGAACGUUCAUGGAACUUAUUAGCAAGUCAAUAA